GCCAGCAAUCACUGCCAAGAGUCGAACCAUCCAUUCUGAGCACCAUGAUGCCAUCCUCGUUUCCACGUCUCUCCCACCUUGCAUUCGCAGCCCUAGCUUUUCCUUCGCUCACCGUGUCGAGACAGUUACUGCAUCACCGCAUUGAGGAUCUCCCUGCGCCGUCGGAGCAACUGUUGCGAAGCCGUCAGAGUCAGGGCUCGUUCGAAGUAGUUACCGGCAUCCAAGAGUACGGUCAGCAGCCGCGCCUGGAAAUACGACAGCUUCAGCAGAAUGCCGACCUGUGGAAUGUCUACCUGCUCGGUCUGGCUCGAUUUCAAGCGACAGAUCAAGCGGACAAGCUCUCCUACUACCAGAUAGCCGGCAUACAUGGCCGCCCAUAUACGGUGUGGGAUGGAGUCGAGCCUUGGCCAGGCAUCACCGAUUCAGGUCAUUGCACUCAUGUGUCUAACAUCUUCCUGCCAUGGCAUCGCCCUUAUCUGGCUCUUUAUGAGCAAGUGCUCUUCCAACAUAUUGUCGAAGCUGUCAAUCAGUUUCCGGAUGGCGCAGUACGGCAACGAUACGCCUCCGCUGCGCUCAGCUGGAGAGCUCCUUACUGGGACUGGGCCGUAAUGCCAUCGGACGGGCAGUCUACCUUUCCCGACAGUCUCACGAAUGAGACCGUCAUAGUAACCGCACCGAACGGAACCAUGACGAUAUCCAAUCCGUUGUAUGCGUACAACUUCCACCCUGUCAACGCCACCGACUUCUACUAUAACCCGUUCGCUACCUGGAACGUCACCAUGCGGUUUCCCACGGACUGGUCUUCAGACGCCGUCAGUCACGACGAUCUGGUUGCUGCAAUGCUCGACAACAACCGAGUAUCCUUCCAAGAUCGACUGUACUACCUCUUCACGAACUACGACAACUUCACGGAAUUUAGCAACGAGGCAUGGUUCGCCUAUCAGAACAUCACGAACGCUGACAGCCUAGAGUCCCUCCACGAUGCUGUCCACUCCACAGUCGGUUAUUCUGGUCAUAUGACCUUCCUCGACUAUUCCGCCUUUGAUCCGGUCUUCUGGUUGCAUCAUGUUAUGAUUGAUAGGGUCUUCGCGAUGUGGCAAGCCAUCUACAGCGACAGCUACGUUGAGCCUUUGGCAGCCGUCGAGCAGACAUUCGAUUUCCUCGUGGGCAAUGUGCAGGAUGAGACUUCACCGCUGAAGCCAUUCCAUUCGGAUCAAAGCGGCGGUUUCUGGACCUCAGAGUCGGUUCGCUGGAUCAGCAUGUUCGGGUACACAUACCUAGACCUCGGCAACGGUAGCGUGUCUGCUGUCAAAGCAAACAUAAACCGCUUGUAUGGAGGUAGUACCGGAAGCAGCGAUCUUUCCAGACGUACCGCCAAGCAUGGACACUCUCAUGGCAUCAAGGCCCACAAUCAAUAUCCUUCGGAAUCAAACAACAACGGUCAGCAGCUGGAGUACUUCGCGAACAUCAUCUCCCCGAAAGGUGCACUCAACGGCUCAUACGCCGUCUACAUCUUCAUGGGUGACUUUGGUGACUCGCCUGCCGCUUGGCCCUUGUCACAGAAUCUGGUGGGCACGCAUGCAGUCUUCGCCACUCUUUCUGGUGCAGACGCUGCCAGUACACAGCGGAAAGGCUCAGGCCUGCAGGUUACGGGCAGCAUUCCGCUAACCUCAACGCUCUUGAAGAACUACCAGCAGGGUGGGCUGUCGUGCAUGGACGUUCAGACCGUGACGGCCUACUUGAAGCAUAAUCUUCACUGGCGUGUUGCUAUGUUCGACGGGGUACACGUGCCUGUGGGAAACCUUGAUGGUUUUACGGUCACCGUCGUUAGCGCUGAAGUCGAAGCGGCGUCCGCUCCCGAUGCGUUCCCUAAAUGGGGUCAUCACACUGUGCUGGCUAAUGUCACUGAAGGCAAGCCGGGGGGCUGUCGGGGAAGCUGAGCUGCUGCAGGGCGUUUCUUUGGGGUUAUGGGGCUGAGUCGGUUGCGUUGAUAUUGCGCGGUGCCAGUGAACAGCGUCUAUGUACGACAGUUUGCAUAGCACUGAUACGUGGACGUCUACGUGUGAGAGCGUGGCUGUGCGUCCGGAGUCCAGACGGUCCAGACGGUCCAUACAAAAGCCGAUACUCUAU